AAAUGAGAUAAUCAGAGCAUUCUAAUUUCAAGUAUUAUUACAGUACUAAAAUAUUUCGAAAUAACCAGCUAAUAAUUGCAUGCCAUUCAAUUGAACUCCAUCCUCCCAUUUCAACAGCACAACAUGGCCGACGCCGCCGAGAAUGAAAAGAACCUAGGAAACGAAGAGUUCAAUGCCAAGAACUACGAGCAAGCCAUCCAUCAUUACACGCAGGCCAUUAAGCUUGCGCCUACGAACCACAUCUUUUAUUCGAAUCGAAGUGCUGCGUACGGCGCUUUGAACAACUGGGAGAAGGCCGAAGCCGACGCACAAGAAUGUGCGCGCCUUAACCCCAGCUUCAAAAAAGGUUUGCUUCGUUUGGCGAAUGCACAGCGCCAACUGGGCAAGAACGAAGCCGCCAUGGCGACUAUGGCGCUGGCCAACGGCGGCGGCGUCCCCGCGAAGCGCGCCAAGCAAGAGUCUGCCGCGCCGCUGCCAUCAUCGGUGCAAAAGGAGUUGCAAGAGUUGCAGCCCCAAUUCCAGUCCCUCCACCGCGAGUUGGAAACCAUCGACUCCAAGUUGGGAGCGUACGGUCGUGAGAAGAAGCGCAUUCAGCUGACCAAGGAAGAGCUGGGCGAAUUGCCCACUGGAACGCGAACGUAUGCGUCGAUUGGAAAAAUGUUUUUGGAAAUGACACCCGAGGAAAAUGUGGCUCGAUUGGAUGGCAAUGCCGGCAAAGUGGACGAUCAAUUGGCUGCGUUGGAGGCCCGAAAGCAAUAUUUGGAGCGACAAAAGUCGUCGUUGGAAGCAAACAUCUCGGAAUUGCUGGCACAAUGCAACACGACCGGCUAAAAGCCUAUGGCAGUGUCGAUUGAUUGCGAAUAUGGCCAUAGUACAGAGUAGUAGUCUUUGGGUCACGUAGUUAAAUGCAGUGGUGCUGCUGGUUAGUCGUCUUCCUCUUCUUCUUCUGC